GUAAGACAACUUUGGUCUUGGCAAUACAUUAGUAAUGUUUGAUAAUAAAUGGUAAGAUCUUUCUAAAAACGUCCUUUCAUUCUUUCUUUGGUUUCUUUCGACAUUAUAUUGAUUAGAAUGUACAGCAAACGUGGUCUAUACUCUUAGGAAAGACCAUCUACCAAUCAAAAUUCUCUCUUUCUAACGCCCCUAUAAAACUGUGUCCAUGACGAUAAAGAUUGUUCUCAUAUAAAAUGUUUCACUAGCAAUGUCUUGUCACUAGGUUGGUCCACGGUGUGCAUUAUUGUCUCCUUGCCAAAAUGGUGGCAAAUGUGUGGAUACAUGCACGGAAGAUGGGUUCAAGUGCCAAUGUAAAGAAAUGUUUAAAGGCAAAUAUUGCGAAAACGAAAGAAGUUUUGCCAGUUGCCAAGCAGCCUACGAAGCGGGUUAUCGCAAGGAUGGUGUUUACUUGCUUUCAAACAUUGGACACCAUUAUUGUGUUCUGAAUGGGACAACGACUUGUAGCGGCGUUGGAGGUUGGACACUAGUGUUAAAGACGGAUGGAAGACUGAACACAUUUCGAUACGAGUCAAGUCACUGGACAUCAAGCAGUGUCUACAACCACGUUUAUGCUUUGACAGAGGGUUUUCUUGGCGACCAGGAAGCGAAGUUUCCAGCAUUCAAUGCAUUGCCAUUUACUCGAGUUUGUGUUGGGAUGAGAUCGGGAAGUGAGAAAAGCUAUAUUACUCUAGGUCAUAGAUCAGCAUCACUUUUGACACACUUUAAAGGCUCAUUUUAUGGAACUUAUCAGCUAAAUAAUUGGCGCAAUUUGUUGAAAGGAAGCCAGCUCCAGCCCUAUUGUAAUAGACAAGGGUUCAAUAUCAUCAUUACCGGUAGUGUAAACGUUGGAGUGAGGAUUGGAAUCAUUGGCAACGACGCUAACGACUGCAUCACCCCUGAUUCAGCCAUUGGCAUAGGUAUUGGCGGUUCUCAUUUACAACCCACUGGCGUUUAUACUGGAGCGACAAUGAGUGCACAGAAGGUUUUCGGAUAUAUACUCAUAAAAUAAGUAGAUCCCGAACGAAGCAGCAAAGGUAACAGUGGCGUAGCGUCUAUGUAUGCUACGCUUGCGGCGCAAGCGUAAAAAUUUAUAGAUAAAUUCUAAAAUUCUUGCAACACUUUCAAUGCAUAACAAUUUCCGCAAUAAACGGCUUCUCUUUCUUGUCAUGAGCAGCAUGCAGUGAACUCUAGCGCCAACAGGCCAAUUGGCCCCAAUUGGCUAUUUUUCCAAGUAAACAGAUCGCUAAAAAUUAUGAAAUUCGAAAAAUCUGAAAAACUGAAGCCCCUCCACAUCACUCUUUUUGCCUGUCCAAAAUAAGAGAAACAUGUGAUGCUCCAGUACAGCUUCAGUGCAACUCGAGAGAAGCUUCUGAGAGAAGUGAGAAUUUUCCGGACUGGAGCUUGCGGUCGGCCUGAGCGCAAGCCUUCCCAAAUAUUUGAUAAUCCACAACAUUUUUCUACCUAUAAGCUGCUUUUUGCGAAUACUCUUUGCGUGAUACAUCAUUUCAAAUCCAAUUAUUUUCCUUUCUUUACUUUGUGACUGUUGAAAAGAGAAAAAGUUUCGUCAAAGUGGGUUCAGAGUCUAUUUGUCAUGAUCCGCAUUCCGUAAUUCAAGUCAAAAGGCUUGCCAGUAUAGUCAGAAUUUACGGACCAGGGCAUGCGGUAGACCUGAGCGCAAGCCUUGCCAAAUACAUGAUGAUUUGCCGGGACUAACUUUCUGAAACUUUACACAUGGAAGCAUCUUCAAUUCUAACAACUCUCACAGCUCACUAUUUUCAUCUUAGUUAACUAUGAGAGUAAAAAAUGAGCAGAAACUGUUGCUCCUGUUCGCUUAGGCUCUGCAGUGUGUUAACAAUUUCGCAAUGUGGAGAGCUCCUUCUUGCGGGAAUCCCCAGCUUCAUUAUAGCAUAAAAAAUUCUUACAUUAGGUGGGCAUUAGGUGAUGCCUUUUCUUGAGGAAUAUGAAUAAGAAUAAAAUCUUUUGCAAAGCAGUUUUAGCACUAGGAGUUAUUCUGAAAAGUCUUGCUAAACAAUUGAGCUUUUUUCAAAAACUUUCGCAUGGAUGAUAAUUUUUCCCUUGGCCCCUCUUCACUUUCCAACCUCUGUCGGAGCCUCUGAUGCUAAGAAUAGACACCUUGAUUGAUUAGAAUUAGAGUACAAAUAAUUUGUUACUUUGAAAAUCAAAAUUUGCUAUCACGAUUAUCAUUAAUUACCGCUUGUAUUUUUUAGAAACUGAAAUUACCAUUACAUUUAUUCAACAUAGCCGUAUAUUUUAUGUUACCGCAUGCCUAAGUUCUGCGCUCACGCUACGCCACUGAAAGGUAACGAAGUGAUGUCAUCAUGCUUCGACUGAUAUCUAGCACAUUCAGAGCACAGUACAAGUGACUUCUCGCAAGGCAACAAGAAUGUUCUUUAGAGGCAAACCAUGACUUAAAAUGGCACAGUUUAUAGCCCAGUGCAGUCAAUUUUUUUGCCUUGUUUCUGGUACACAGUUGUUGUUUGAUUAAAAAAUUCUGUAAGCCCGUCCAUUGUAUAAAGGAAAAAAAGGAGAAAUUAAAGGAAAAAGCUGAGAAACUUUAAAUUGCAUUGAAAUGGAGCAUUGGGCCUGGUUUUUUAAAUAUUAUUUUUAUUGGACAUGUAAAUCUGGUUUACUUCAAAAGCACGUUGUUUUUAUCCUAAAAAUGAACGAGGACACUGUUUCCGAGCGAUUGCCAAGCAGAAAUUCAGAUAAAUGCAACAGAAAUCAUUUUGCCUAUUGCAAAGUAUUUAAAAGAAGCAUUAAAAAGCAGAUUAGAUUUAAGCUAGCCUUAUUUUUUGAGGCUUGAGGUUUGAGCUAGCCUUACUUUUAAUUUUUUUCUGUUGUAGUUCGACCACAACUUCACUGUUCAUCUUUUAAUGUUUCUUUUAUUCUUAAAAAAUUGUUUUAGUCAUGCUUGUAGAUUUAACGGCAUUUUUAUUGAUAUUUAGAUUGUAAAACCUUUUACCUAUGUAAAAGUAUCGUUAAAUUUGAAAAAUAUCGGACAUGAAGUCAAAUCACUGCAAUAACAUGACAUUGGAGAACAAUUAAAACCGAAGAGAUCAGUGGCGGUUUUAAGGGGGGUUCAGGGGGGCAUGGCCCCAGGCCCCGCGUUUAUGAUAGCCAAAAGGGGCCCAUACCUAAGAAAAAAAUGGAAAUUGCAAAUAAAGAACAAGAGCUCCGCAGAUGUUUUGGGCCCCAGGCCCCGCAGUUUCUAAAACCGCCACUGGUAGAGUUGGUUUGGAGGAGGAAGGGGGAGUGGAGGGGCUUAUUUCAGUAGUCAGGUGCAAACGUUAGCAUUCGUAAAGAUUUUAAGUUUUAUGAAUACAAUUGUAGAGUUUUCGUGGAAACUGUAAUCAGGAUGAGAUCCAGAAAUUAUCUCCCUCUGAAUGAAAGCAGACAAUUUUUGAUGAGUGGCGGAAAAGCUUCCAACUUACAUAAGACUAGCAAGCAAAGAAAUAACAACAUGCUGCUAAAAGGAAAGUAUAAGAAAUAAACAAAGCAAACAGGUGAAUGCUUAGGGUAGUUCAGGGUAGUUCAGCUCCUAAAUAAUAUUCCAAAGUCUCCUUACAAUUAAAGAAGCUGAAAGCCUUAACAGCAACACGAGAUGUCAUAUGUUUUUGCCUUGAUUGAUUUCAAAUACUUUAAAAGUAAUUUUCUUUUACAUUUAGCAAUUAUUAUUCUUUCUUUGUGAGCUGUGACGUAAUUUCUUCGUCAUCCGAAAUUAAUUCUCAAAAUAUUACUAUUUAUAACGUACUAUUAAACCGUGUUUUAAUAAGUUAUAAAAACCAUUCACUUAUUAUCGUCAUGGAAUGUAAAUUAUGUGGCAUUGAUAGCAGUAAUAAAAAAAGUUGCAAUAGAUGGAAAAUAUCAAAUAUAGCUGAAAUUACUUGAAUUUUUAAACUCCUGCUAUUACGCUGGCAACCGGGAGGUUCCGGAACCUUAGGGCAAAACCGAUAGACUAGCCUGUAAUUGGUCUAAAAGGCAUUUGAUAAGUUUUCUUGCAGACAUUUCUUGCAAUCAUUUAAAACUUUCUACAAUAUCCAGAAAAACGAUUCCUCGUUAACAUUUUUAUCAAAAUAGUUAAACAAAAACCUUGGUUUUAACUUUUCCUCAAGAAGACAAGAGGCUUCUUAAUUAGAAAGGUCUAAAAAUUGUUUCGAAAUCUAAAAUACUAGCUUUUUCAGUCAGUCUACACAAUCACAUUUUCCUUCAACUAAUGAAAACGUAAAAUUUUUACCAAAAACAAACUGACACAAAUAUCCUUAAUUUUGUUUCAAUUUCAGUUAAACUUCAGCAAAUGUGAUAUUCGUACAGUCCGCCAAUUUUCCUCUUUUUCUUAACAAAAUAAAAAGUUUAAAGAAAUUGCCACAUUGAUUGAUAUGGUGCUGGUAUCUGAUUAAAAGUAUAAAAGUAAUUGGUCUGUUAUACAUGGUCUAAAACAGAUUCGAGACAUGAAUUAAACAUGACCCCGAAACAUAAUAGCAGAAAGAAAGAACGGGAGACAUAGAAGUAAUUUAUCGUCUGUUGUCCCAGAAGGAGGGAACCUGAUCUCGUGAGUAUUAGGUUUGCAAAAGCUGAAAUCGAUUUCUAAGAAAAGCUGUUAAAGAAUCCCACUGGGCCAAAGAACUGGUAAGGUUGCUUGCUCCCAAAAGAUUCGUUGUUCCCAAAGGAUGCAUCGCACUCGGUCGAUUUACAGAUAAUCACAAACUCAGUUCAUUUGUAAAUGAUGAGAAUUUGCAAAAAUAAACACAAAGUGAUUUAAUGCCUGAAUCUCAAUCUAUUUGACUCAACGUUUAAGAGUAAAAAUAGGAAACUAGUAAGACAGAUUUCUGUUCUUCGAUGAUCAAACUUUUCUGGUCAGCACAGGUUGGCCUACCACCUAUUGAAGAGAAACAUCAUCAAAUUAGAAGAUAGAAACGAUUUCCAAAUAUAUUCAGUGACAUACUUUUCAGUGAAAUACUUUAGAAUUUGUUUUACUUGUCAAUAAUAAUCGAGUAAGACUUCUAGCGAGGGUGAAAAUAGCAUUUUCUCAAAAUUUUUGAGUUGAUAUUCAGCCAGAGUAAUUGCAACAAAUGGAGAAAUUCGUAAAGAUCCUGGUUAACCGGUCUUAACAUAAAUAAUACUUGAUUAAAAUAUGCUUGAUUACCAAAGAUUCGAGAUGAAAUGUAACGCAACACAAGAGGCGAAAGAGCAGACCUUUGCGGGAAUCCUACACUCUUACACACAUUAUAAAUUAACAAAUUGCAGUAUCAAAUCUAACUCGCCUGUAUCAUAUACAUUGAUGCGUUAUAUCUAAGUACUUGUAUGUUCCAAAACAUGGGUCGCCAAACACUCCAUUGGUUGCAGGUAGCCGACAAAAUCUUCUUGCAUUGCAUCUGCUUUGGGCGAUUUGUAGAGACCU